AUGGACGAGGCGGCCGUCAAAAGAAAGCGGAAACGCUCAGCUAUUGCAUGUAUUGCUUGCCAUGAUCGCAAAGUCCGAUGCAAUGCUGCCUCCCAAGGCUUACCCUGCAGCAACUGCGUCGAGGAUGGGGUUUCUUGCGACAUCUACAGGAGGGAGACUCAUAUACCUAAGCGAAGGCGAUCAUCUGUGGUCGAAGGACAGCCUUUGAGCCCGUCAUCAUCAUCAGCCACUCAUAGCACCGUAGCGGCGCUGAGGACCCCAACAAACGAUUCAGCACCCGAGAUCAUCCCAAACGACGUCCGGUUCACCACAGUCACGGAUGGCAAGCCCCAACGUCCUGACGUCGAACGCAGCUCCCGUUCACCUUCCCCAUUUCAGACAGAUGUCGUGACCACGUCCAAGCACAACAUCCGACCCUUCUUCACUGGCGAGUCCCAAGGCCUGGAGUUCCUCUUCGACGUCUGCAGUCCCGAUCGACCUCUCAAGGGCCACCAUUACACCACUCCGGCUGCUACAUAUCGUGCCAAACGGACGGUUCGAAAACACGCGAGGCCAGCGCCGCCACUACCACCUUUGGUCAUACAGCGCGAGCUGACUCGUUCUUUUUUCCUCUGGGUCUGGCCGCUUCUACCGGUGGUGGACGCUAAGGAGUUCUUGACGGCGUUCCAAUCCGACAGCCAGUCGAUAAGCCCGCUGCUGCUGUGGAGUGUGUUCUUCGCUGGAGCGAGCUUCAUUGACGCGGAAGUGCUGAAGGCGCAGCACAUGCCACACCGCAAGAUCUUGAAGGAGCAGUAUUAUGCAUAUGCCAAGGACAUAUUCGACAAGCAGGAGGAACCUGAGAAGACCGUCUUGAUCCAAUCCGCUCUGCUGCUCGCUUCAUCCUGGUAUAUCGAGCUCGAGGACCGGGACGGGAUGCAUCACUGGAUCGGCAUCGCCCUUGGAUUAGCCUUCAGCAUUGGCCUCCAUAGAACCAACAAUUUCGGCACCAUCUCCCCGUGCCCGUUUUCACGCUCGUUGCGGCGGCUGUGGAACUGCCUGUGGUGGUGCAUACUUUAUCGGGAGAUCUGGAGCGCUGCGGGCUUCGGCCGGCCACUGCGAUUGAAUUCGGAAGACUGCGAUGCGCCAUUCCCAAGCCCGGAGGAAGUGUAUGGUGACGAGCUCCACGAGCUGCCAGAAGAGCUGCAGUCAUACCUCCCUGGCGACCUAAGCAACCUCUCUCAGCUCUGGCUCAACUUCCUCGAACUGAGUCUCCUGCUCGAACGGGUCCUUAAACGCCAUUACCGGCCCCGCAGCGUCCUUUCAUCGCCCGCGCAGCUCGAGGAGCAGGAAUCAACCAUGCUAGCCUGUCGCGACCGCAUGCUGACAUUUACCAACUCCGCCUGCCCAGUGCUCGCCGUCCACGCCGCCCAUCUGAGAACUUACGUAAGCUACGCCCUCAUCGCCCUCUACCGGCCCUACCUCUCCAAGCAGCUCGAGAAGUCCCGCCGCUUCACCAGCACCUUCUACGCCGACAUAGCAGCCAAAGCCAAAGCAGCAGCGGCUGUCACAACAACCGCUCUCAACGAGCUCAUCACCCAUGACGCAAUCGUGAUGGGCUCAAGUAUGCUCAUCACCUCCAUGAUGGCGGCGAUGCAGAUCUAUGUCUACGACAUCCGGCAGUCGACCGGUGCGGCGCGGAGCUAUGCCUACCACCAGCUGGAGCUUUAUAUGCUGGUGCUGACCCAUCUGGGGAAGACGUACUGGACGGCUGAUUUCCAGCACAACCUCUUCAACGAGGCUUUGAAGGCGUUGAGUGGGGCGCCGAGCACGAUUAGAGAUGGGGCGGAAGGAAUGCAAGAGCAUCAUGCGAGGUAUGACACUGCUGAGGCAGAGGGAGCGAACGCGGAGAUGGAUGCGCCGAGCGGGAUGAUGGGCCACCAUGGGACGUUUGACGAGUUCCUGUUGUCGUUCAACCCGUUCAUGGGCGUCGCGAUACCGCCGAAUGAUCUGAGUGGCGUGGAUCUCGACUUCAACUCGCCUGGCAGUUUGAUGCUGGACGGAAUGCAUCAAGGCAUGACUUGA